AUGGUUCUUCAGCCCAGAAGUGACCGCCAGGCGUCAUCUUCCAGUGGUGUCCAGCGAAAGGACCAGACGGUGCCCUCCAUCCAAGUGACGCUGGGCGACGAAGGCUACCGGGCAUUGUGCCGUUUGCGGCGAGAUGAAGAGCAGGAUAGCGAGAUUAUGGAGAGAGCCUUGAUCUUGCUCGACACCUACUCAGUUGUGUCAAAAGCUUUGGGCCGAAACAGCCUAGUGAAGGCUGUCAACGUCGUUCACCAAAUGCGCAACGCCGGCUACUCCGAUGAAUGGGCCACAGCACUCUGCAGAGCGCUGUUUCGGCGAAGGGAGAAAGAUCUUCGGAAAGCCUUCCGCUUGUUUGACAAGAACAAGAGCGGCUGGAUCGACUCCUCCGAGCUGAAGGAAGCCUUGCCGUUAAUGGGUGAAGAGGUGCCUGAGUCGCGCAUCGAUGAGCUUUUCCAGCUCGUAGACAAGGAGGGUGACGGCCUCCUAAACUUUGAAGAAUUUUCCCUACUGGUCAGUGGUUUGAAUGUUGAUGGAGCUGAAGGCGAGGAGGAUGCCUUUGCCGCCUUUCGCCUGUCUGCCGAAGACACCCUGGGCGCUGUGGGUGGAGCCGUUGGAUCGAUGGCCUCAGGAACUGGUGCUGCCCUUUCAGCUGUCUCAACAGCAUGGUCUGCCAAUCUACCUGGUUUAAGUCCUUUUGAAAUGCGAAAAGCUGGGGUCGUCCUGAAGAAAAUGAUGGAAGCGGGCUACAGUGAGGCCAUGGCAUUGGCCAUUUGUCGCGCCCUGUUCUGUGGCCAGACAGACAAGCAAAUGCAAAAGGCCUACAAAUUCUUCGAUUCGGAUGAGAAUGGGAGGAUAGAUGUGAAUGAGCUCAAAGAAGCCAUGAAGUUGAUGGGUGAGGAUCUCAAUGAUGCCGAAGUCAACGCGCUGUUUGCGGCGGUGGACCACGAUGGAAAUGAUGCCAUCAGCUUUGAGGAAUUCUGUGUCCUUGUCAAGGCGAUCAAAGCCAAGGGCGAUAGCAAAGAUGUUAGCGUUCUGUCAGCUGUAUCGAGCACAUGGGAGAAAUUCUCUGCGAGCUUUGCAGGUGGCUCCGCAUGACCUCCGCGACCGUUUCAGCAGACCCCUUCAUAUCGAUUCAGAUUGCCAACCGAAAA